UUCUGUGUCUCUUAGUUGUACAAUAAUGGAGAUUCACCAGCUACGAUGUCAUACACCAUUUAUAAUGUGGAUCAUAAUGAUUAAUUUGCCUCUAAUGAUAUAUAUAAGGAUUUCGUGUACUUAACUUUCUGGGCUUUCAAUUUCAAGGUUCUGCUGAGCCCAUAGAAGUACCAGGUUACCCAAAUAACUAAAUAAUGUCAAAGAUAAAUAUUUAUGAAAUUUUGAAGUGUUUUUUUAAAGAAUAUGGUCACUCUACAUUCUGCGCCUAUUUUGAGAAGUCAUUUAUUCAAAGGUUGUCGCAGAACUGUUAGGACACGAGUUAUACCCAGUAGAUCAAUUUUUGCUUGAUAUGGUGGAAAGGAAGGUCGAUUUUUUUCGAUUGAAUUACUCAUUAUGAGUUUUAUUCAAUAUUACAUCCGUUUUGACUCAACAUGAGGAUCAUCCAGUGUAGUAUUUGAUUGUUUUUCCAGUAUCAUAUUUUCUUCUGUAUAAUAUACGAUAUUCUUGCAUUCACUUGAGAUGAACUAUGCUUAGUAAGUGAUUUGUUAUAACUGAGUAUGUGGUCUAAUCCUAAUUAUUAAUCAAAAUGCUUGUACAAUCAAUGUAUAAACUAGUGUAUUUUAGACUAUUUUCGAUUCGUCGUUGUCUUAAUGUUUGGGGCUUAUAAAUCUUCACUUAUACCAGUCCUGUGUUCUUACUUUCGCAUCGCGGGAAUCGCCGUGGUCCGUCGUUUCGAGCAUAAGUGAUCAGCGUUUUUGUUUUUCCGACACAACAUGAACAUUAUCAUUCCUAUCCAUCUGACAAGGUAGUAAGACCAGGAGUAAGUUCAACUAUCAUAAUAUGAUCAUAAGUUAGACGCUUUAGAUUUUUUCACAUGAAUAAUAAAGAGAUAUUUUUCUCAUGAAUUCCCUAUUUCAGUAUUUGAAACCCUGGAAAAUGUAGAAGUAUAAUUAAAGAAUUGGAAGUAGAACAGUCUUAAGAUUCAGCCCACAUUUUUCAGAUAACCAAAUUUUUCUGGUACAGGAGACAACUAUUAUAUACAGUUUAAACGUGGAUAACGAUGGAUAUAGCGACUCACGUGCAAUUGAGUUUAGUUCAGUCAAGGUCUUUUGUUGACCUAUUUAAUGGACAAAGUCAUCCAUGAUAUAACAACUUGUUGUACUAUCUUUAUUAUUAUGCUUGUAUGAAAUACAUAUGCUUGAACAUUGUUUAGCGCCUACGCAUGUAUUCAUUCUGCUAGCUUCAUUAUUAACUGCUUAGUCUAUUCGCUGACUCAUCCAUUUUCCUAUAUAUAUAUAUAUAUAUGUACAUUUGCACCCAUUCACUACUACUACUACAACUACUUGCUACUGCUACAAUCGUAGUUCGCUUGCUCAUUCAUUUUGCCUCUCUGCUGUCUGGUCCGAAUUAUCUACUAAAUAAACUGUAGUAGCUGCUUCUUUUUGCCUUCUGAUUUCAAACAUCGUUGAAGAUUAUACGAUAACGGUUCGAGGGUGAUUAAUUAUCGAAGCACAGCCACUACAGAAUUGGUAAUCCCGACGUGAGAACGGGAAGCGAAUUUCGGCGAAAUAAUCAAAUCCCAAAAAUCCGAUUCUUUUCAUCUCAAUUUGGAUUAUCAAAUGAACUAUAAUUACAACUGUGGAUUUAUAUUAUUUUAAGUACACUUACAUUAUUUCGCAAACAUUAUUAAACGUGACGAUUAUAAUCAUAAUAAAUAACAAUUAUCCAUAAACAAUUGAUAUAUUGGUGCAAUUUAGUAAGUCUGUUCCAUUUUAUAAAUUGUGCCAUUUUUUUAUUAUCAUUGUUUUUGCCCGUCUAUUCUUUCUUGUGACUGUUAAGUUAUUUUCGUGUGCUACUUAAUUUUUAUAAGCAUGUCUUAUGAAAACACAGUUUCAAGCGUACAGCAAGCCUCGUCCGUGAGGUCUCUUAACCUUCCUGCCCCUUCUUUUAAAAUCACAGACCCAAAACUUUGGUUUAUAAGACUUGAAAAUUAUUUUCUCGCUAACCGCAUUCUUUUGCAAAAGGAUAAGUUCGGCCUGACAAGCACACUACUCCCAGACGAAGUAGCUGACAGCGUUCGAGAGGCACUAGCAAAACCAGACACAGAAAAACCAUACGACGUGCUAAGAGAGGCAGUAAUUAAAACUCUCUCUCUCAGUGACCAACAAGCCGUCGAACAACUCCUUAGCCAAGUACAAAUUGGAGAUAGAACCCCAUCACAACUAAAAAAUUAUAUGAAAAGUCUACUUGGCGAUAGACACAUUGACAAUAAUCUCUUUUACCAACUGUGGCUCCGCCGACCCCCGGCAAAUAUACAGCAGAUCCUAGUUGUGGGAGAUACGGAUGCUGAUUUAGACAAUAUAGCAAAGAUAGCCGAUAGAAUAUACGAAAGAAGCAAGCAAGCAAGCCCUCCACUACACAGCGUGACGGUAGACGAUAGACUUGAUACUCUACAGAAGGAAAUAAAUGUUUUAUGCCGCAAACUCACAGAAUUAACGCAGAGAGAAAAGCCACGAAGGUCAUCGCGAGAUCGCUCGCGUGAAAGGACCCGGUCAACUUCUAGACGACGCACAACUCCCGCGAUAUGUUGGUAUCAUCAAAUGUUCGGCUACAGGGCUAGAAAGUGCCUACAACCUUGUAGAUUUAACAGGGCUGGUAACCGAUACCCACGAGUAUCAAUGGCAACGGCAUCAACACACAUAAUGCCUGAAAAUAGUCGCCUCUUUUAUAUACAAGACCAAACCACUGGCGCACAAUUCUUAGUUGACACUGGAGCGGAAAUUAGCGUAGUACCUCCAGUUAGCGAGGAAAGAAAAAACAUUAAUCCGUCAUUAGUGCUAAGAGCAGCAAACAAAUCAGAUAUUAAGACAUAUGGUAAACGGAAAUUGUCCCUAGAUUUUGGACGUGGCGCUUCAUACCGUUGGAACUUUGUCAUAGCAGACGUAUCGAUGCCCAUAAUAGGCAUAGAUUUCUUAUGUAACUUUGACCUUCUAGUAGACUCUAGACGACACAGACUUAUAAACGGCAAUCAAACCACUUCGAUAAGAGGAAUACUUACGGAAGCCGUUUCAAUGAACCUUGUGAUAGAUAAAAGUCGUAAUGAUCCAUAUAAAUUGUUGUUAAAAGAGUUCCCUGAACUCGUAAAAGUGACAUACAAUAAAGCUGAUCUCAAACAUUCUAUUCAGCAUCACAUAGUAACGAAUGGUCCACCAAUCAAUGCAAGACCAAGAAGGUUAGAUCCCAAAAGACUAGCCAUCGCAAAACAAGAAUUCGACAAGCUGAUGAGGCUAGGCAUCGUAAGGCCAUCGAACAGCCCAUGGGCAUCCCCGCUACAUAUGGCCCCGAAAAAGAAUGGAGAGGUUAGGCCAUGUGGAGAUUACAGAGCACUGAACAAACAAACAGUAGCUGACAGAUACCCUAUACCGCACAUCCAUGAUUUCACCUACAGUAUAGAAGGCACUACUAUCUUCUCGAAGAUCGACUUAGUCAGAGCAUACUACCACAUCCCUGUUGCCCCACAAGACAUACCGAAGACAGCAGUAACAACCCCAUUUGGGCUAUAUGAAUUCCUGCGUAUGCCUUUUGGACUGACUAACGCGGCACAAACCUUUCAACGGUUUAUCGAUCAGGUCAUUAGAGGUUUACCUGGGGUAUACGCGUAUAUCGACGAUUUAUUAGUAGCUAGCACCACUAAAGAUGAGCAUAUACAACAACUACGGCAAUUAUUUAUGCGACUCAGAGAACAUGGCAUUUCUAUAAAUAUUGAGAAGUGUGAAUUCGGAAAAGAAUCUUUACAGUUCCUAGGUCACAAUAUAACUUCUCAAGGCAUCACACCAAUAGCAACAGAAGUCGACGCCAUUAGGAAUUAUCCCCUACCCGACUCAUGGAAAAAGUUACGCCGAUUUCUCGGGUUAGUAAAUUAUUACAGACGAUUUAUCCCGAAUUGUGCGUCAAUAUUGCAACCAUUAACAGACGCGUUACGCGGACACGCACGGACAUUCCAAUUAUCACCAGACGCGAUUCAAGCAUUCGAGAACGCUAAAAAAGCACUAAAUAGAGAAGUGACACUAACUAGACGAAAGAGCGAAACACCGUUAGCUAUCAUGACGGAUGCAUCAGACGUAGCGGUAGGAGCCGUUUUACAACAAUUAGUAAAGGGCAUAUGGGAACCACUCUCAUUUUUUUCAAAAAGACUGAAUCCGACACAAACAAGAUAUAGUACUUUCGGAAGUGAACUCUUAGCAAUUUACUUAGCAAUUAAACACUUCCGUCAUAUGGUCGAAGGCAUAAAUUUUACCGUCUAUACAGACCAUAAACCACUAACGAAAGCGUUAAGUGCUAAGCAAGACAAUUAUUCACCGAGAGAGAUCCGACAGCUAGAGUUCAUUUCACAGUUCACUUCCGACAUACAGUACGUUAAAGGACAAGAAGACGAUGUGGCCGACGCAUUGUCAAGAGCAACGAUAAGCACACUUAUGGCAAGUGGGAUUGAUUACAACGGUCUGGCAAAGUUACAGGAGAGAGACAUCGAGUUAAAUAAACUCAGAUCUGAUGGUACAACAUCAUUAGUACUCGAAGAGGUGCGGUUCGGCAACACGAAAGUAAUUUGCGAUACAUCAACAGGCCGACCGCGACCAUUUAUUCCGAAAACGUUGUGACAGAAAAUAUUCGAAAGCAUGCACAACAUGUCGCACCCAGGAAUAAAAGCCACGAUAAAACUGAUCAGCGAACGAUUUGUAUGGACAAACAUGAAUCACGAUGUACGUAAUUGGACACAAGCAUGCAUGAAAUGCCAAAAAGUCAAAGUACAUCGCCAUACUAGCUCUGCAGUGGGUCCGUUUUCACACCCAGACACUAGAUUUGAACAUAUACACAUCGAUAUUGUAGGCCCACUGCCUGUUUCAAAUGGAUACAAUUAUAUCUUUACAUGCAUUGACAGGUUUACACGAUGGCCAGUAGCAGUACCGAUAAAAGACACCUCAGCUGAAACGGUAGCCAAAACCCUAAUUGAAAAUUAGAUUUCUUACUACGGCGUGCCAACAAUUAUCACAACUGAUAGAGGAGCACAAUUCGAAAGUCGACUCUUUCAACAGCUUACAGAACUCCUCGGUAUUAAACGAAUUCGAACGACAUCGUACCAUCCAAUGGCAAACGGAAUGGUCGAACGCCUACACAGGCAAUUAAAAGCGUCCCUUACAGCCGUCAUUGUUAACAAUGAUUGGUCUAAUAAACUUCCUCUAGUAAUGUUAGCUCUAAGAGCAACAAUUAAGCAAGACAUGGGAUGUUGUCCAGCCGAGUUGGUAUACGGAACUACUCUACGGUUACCCGGAGAAUUUUUCACUCCAAGUAAAGGUGUUCCGACUGAUGUAACCGGCUAUGUGCAACGCCUGAGAAAACACAUGAGCGACUUAAAAAUAACACCUCCCAGACCACAACAACGACGAGUAUUCAUACCACAAGAACUGCAUAACAGCACUCACGUAUUCAUUAGAAGAGACAAAGUACAACCACCUCUACAACCGAGUUACGAUGGCUCAUUUAAAGUGAUAGAGAUGACGAAUAAAACAGUUACCAUAGAGAAAGCUGGGAAGACAGAUGUAAUUAGCAUCGAUCGAGUAAAGCCAGCUUUUAUCGAUAGCGAUAUUCAAUCAACAAGUACAAACUCCUCUAAGAUGGUCACACCGGCGAAACACGAGUCGCAAGAAUCAAUGACGUUAACGCAACAAAAAGACAAGACUCCGAUAACAACAAGAUCUGGCCGCAGAGUAAGAUGGCCCCAACAAUAUGUCGCUACGAUUUUUUAUUAAUGACCUACUAUUUUAAAUAUUAGUUAUAACUUCCACUUCAUUGUAUACACACGCAUUAUUAAGCUCAUGUUAUACGCUAUAAAACUCAACGUAUCUUAUGUACCCUAACACUUAUUCGUAUAAUUUUUGUUUAAAAUGUAAAGCAAUACCGCAUUCCUCCUAUUAAUUGCUAUUAUUUUUUAUAACCUCACGGACAGGCACAAACCAAAUGUACAGCACACACUAACUUCAUCUUAAUUUUGUACAAACCAUUUUUUUCUUUAAAACGACUGUAACUACCCUACUCAGUUUACUAUUUUUUUUGUGCAAACACAGACAUUUUUCCAUAUAUCUUUGUUUGCAGGGGGGAGCUAUUAUAGCGACUCACGUGCAAUUGAGUUUAGUUCAGUCAAGGUCUUUUGUUGACCUAUUUAAUGGACAAAGU